CUAUAAAAACGUUGCCAUCAGCCCUUCUUCAAGCAGUUGGAUAUCGACGAAAAAUGAUGAGGGUCCUUCUGAUCUUGGCGAAUAUCGCGUUCAUCGCAGUGGCUAUACCUUUAAACGUCAGUGAUGCAUCGAUUAGACGCUUCAUCACAUUGUACGACGAUCAAGGAAGGCCGGAGGUGUUCGAUCGUCUGGCCCCGUUGCCCGAAACCUUUGUCUCCAAGUCAGAUCUCACGCUGUAUCUUUACACCCGCGCAAAUCCCUCAACCCCCGUACGACUGCAGUUGAAUGUAAACGAAGUUGCUUCCGUGCGCAAUUUUGACAGAUCCAAACUAAACGUUUUCGUCAUACACGGUUGGACCAACAACUACCAGAGUAAUUGCAAUUCGGCCGUUAUGCCAGCUUUCUUGCAAGCAUUAGACGUAAACGUGUUCGUGGUGGACUGGAGCGGUCCAGCAGGUGGCAAAUACACUUCUGCCUUUUCGAGUGUCCCAAAAGUGGGUAAACUACUUGGAACCUUCAUUGAAAGUCUUCAGAGCACAUUGAGACUCGGCGCCUCUCAAUUUCUACUAGUGGGGCAUAGUCUUGGAGCUCACGUUGCUGGUUGUGCAGGUGCUGCAGUAAACGGAAACAUUGGUAUCAUCGUAGGGCUCGACCCAGCUGGCCCUGGGUUCUUGAGUUCGAAUACAAACAAUAGAUUGGACCCUACUGAUGCCCAGUUCGUCCAAGCCAUUCAUACCAACACUUUAUUGUUGGGUUAUUCGGGAAAUUUGGGAAACGUAGAUAUCAGACCCAACGGGGGUAGGAGCCAACCGGGGUGCGGCACUGACGUUACAGGAUCGUGUUCUCAUUCGCGUUCCUACCAAUAUUUUGCGGAAUCCGUUGCUUCUGGAGGGUUCACUGCCUGGGCUUGUUCGAAUUAUAGAGAAUUCAGCAGAGGAAGUUGCGAAACGAACGCUAAAACUGCUCUGGGGGGUGCCAAUAUUGACGUGAGCGCAAGUGGUGAAUUCUUCUUGGAAACCAAUUCUCGAAGCCCAUAUUCCCUGGGUUGAUUAUUACUUAUUUGUUUAUCAAUUCGAGUAUGCCAUAAAUAAAUAACAAUAAAUAAUCAAUAAGAAAUCUU